GUCUCUUCAGUCGAACGCUAAGCUCGCUGGGGUGCGCACGGUUGAGUGCAGUGGCAGCCGCAUGAUGAUGUGAAUUGCAGACAUGUGUAACGCCUCCCUGUUCCUCAUUUUUUUCGCUACCACCCUCACCAUCUCUAUCAUGUGUGGAACGCAAAUGGCAACUGAAGGCCUGCCGCUGGGGCGGCAGGAACGCGGUGCCGAUGCGGACCUGAUAGCAGGAGCAGACUUCCUCUCCGUCUUCAUGGGAUCCACCCUGCGCAGAGCUUUCAAAGAAACCUACACCACCACGACCACGGAACAUCCGACAACGUUUCAAGUGAAAAACACGAAAAAAGAUGAGAACGUCCGCAGGAUUCGUACCACGCCGGAAGUGGCUUCGACCACGGAAAGACUUGUGAGUGUUAGCAGUAAGGACUCCAGUGAUUCUAGUGUUGUAGUUUCGGUAAGCGUUUCGUCGUCCGUAGGCAGAACUUUAAGCAAUAAAAAUGCGUUAGCCGAUAUUCCCGAUCAGGAGUUAGUGGCCUCCGAGGAACAUCCAAGCAUAAUCGCGGAUGUGAAGCAAAGCGCGUUCAACGUGGAGGAAAAAGACCCCAUCACGAGGAACAGCGAUUUGGAAACAUCGGAGUACAGUCGAGGGUAUCCAGCAAGCGUUCAAGCUCUGCCCAGACCGCAGCAUCUCACAUUCAACCCAACGCCCGAUUUUACCAGAGGAAACGAUGGGGAGAAGUUAACUCCCUACCAUCACACUGUCAUUUACCACGACCAAGGUCAAGGCACCAACAACAACGCACGAUCCGUAUCCUACAGCACGGUGAUACAAUCCAUACCGACGCAAUUGAGUGGCGAUGUCAAGCCAAUAAGACACGAAAGAAACUACAACGGCGGCAGCGCUUUUGCCAACAAGUUAAACGACGAAAAAUCCACCAUAAAAUCCGUUGAGAAGAACUGGGAAGCCCCCACGACCACACCCAAGAGUAAACCCAAAGUGUACGGACAACCGGAGCAAAACUACGAGGUGGACGAGUCCGUGAGCCUGGUUUCGAACGGCAGGGCCCACGGCCUUCAACCCACUCCAUCGAAAACGGAAAAGGAAGCGAAGAAAGACGACGACAAGCAGAAGGUUGGGUACGUGGUGGAGGGCCGGAAGUUCCGGAAGUACCGCCUGGAGGAGCGGACGCCGGAUGGGUUCAUUGUGGGGGAAUAUGGCGUGGUGAACCACGACGAUGGCUCGCUGCGUGGCGUCCGAUACACCGCUGAUGGAACCAUUAGUCCCAGAUUGAUUUACGACACGUUAAUGAAAUUUUUGUCGUUGUGAUUUUACUUUACUAGUGCCAAUUUGCAAUUGUACUGAUUUUUUUUAGUUCCUCUCGAUAAAACUCGGUCUUAUUUAAUAGGAUAGUUAAAUUAGACUAGAGUGAAGUGGACACUACUUAAAUAAACGGAUUUUUUAUACAUAUUAACUGUG